CCGGCCACGGUGGUGGCGAGUAAAAGUAGGGUAAGUCAAUAGGAGCAAUUUGACGAGGGCUAAAAAAGGCAAAAGACGACGAAACAAAAGUGAAAGUUAUUGAGGAUAAGUUAGUGAAUUGUGCCUCGCUGACGAGCUGCUGCGAAAGGCUCCCUCUGUUAAAGCAGGAUGUCACUGCAGUUCUUCGGCUGGGAGGUGACCUAUGAUGAUGACUCUCAUUUGGAGCUGGGGGCAUCUCAGCAGCCCAGAAACAGCGGGGUCUACACCAUGUACCACGGCACCAGCAUUGCCAAUGCACGGCUCAUCAUUGCCAAUGGCUUUCAGCAGUCAUCAGGCGGCAUGCUUGGAAGAGGCGUGUACGUCAGCCGUGAUAGGAAAAAGGCAGAGCGAUAUCCAUUAAAGAGUAACCCUUCAGACCGCGUGGCCCUUAAGCUGAGCGUUCGCGUUGGCCGUGUCAUUCGUAUUAACAUUGACAACCAUCCUCUGCAGUACACCUGGAACGCACAGGGCUAUGACACUGCUUGGGUGCCUCCCAAUUGUGGCAUGAAAGCCGUGCCCAGCGGUCUAGAGGAGGACUGCGUGUUUGACCCCAAAAAUGUUCAAGUUGUGGGCAUUGCAAGGGCAGACAGCAGUGUCCUGGAAGAGCUUCAGCAGCUCGUAGCGAACAGCCUAAGAAAUUCCAGUGGAAUAGAUGGGGGUGUAGCAUCACAAGGUGGACGUGCUGCAGACGUAUGCUUACUGUGUAAGAGAAAGACACAGCAAAGUCAUCCACAUACAAAGCAGCAGUGCUGGGGCUGUGGGCAAACCAUCUGCACUCUCAUGACCAAGCACGUCUGUCGAAGAAACAUCUAAGAUGGUGCAAAGGCCUGAAACAAGGUGCCGUUGUAAAAGAGAACAAGGAUCCAGUUCAGCAUAACGAUCUUAUAUGGUGGAGAGAAAUUUAAGUAAUCUAAAGAAUCAAAUAUCCCUGCUCAGGGUAUAAUCCCACUGUAGAAACAAGUCAGACUCAGGGUUUCCACUUUUUCUUCCUCAGAUAUACUUUCUUUUCACUCCAUAAAUAAACAGCUGUAGUUUUUGCACUGUUGAUUCGUAUUAUCAACAUUUACUCUAACAUUCUGAUUUGUAUAUCAUUUGUGUUAUGUUGGCAGAUCAGCAUGUGUUAGGAUUAUUUUCAAUCAAGACGAGACAAUCUUUCUGUGUUGAGCCAAAUGCCUUUAUUCAGCCUGAAUGUGGGUACUGUUUAUACAUUCUUUAAAUAUGUGAUAAUGCUCAUGAUAUUUGAUUGACACUGCAUAAUGUAAAACCAAAUAUUCAUGUAAAGCUAAUAAAUGUCAUAAUUAUUAUAUAAAACCCAAAA